AGAUUAUAUCUUAGUUGGUGCGGUAAUUUGGUUGAGAUCCACCCUUCUGUUGGGCAACUCAGCAUGCUUAUUAUUUUAGAACUGGAACACUGCCACUCACUUACCAAUCUUCCAAGAAUGACUACUAGAAUGGAGUCCCUUACAACUCUUAGUCUUUGUGGCUGCUCAAAAAUCAGGAAGAUUCCUGAAUUUGAGGGAAUUUUGAAAAGCCUAUCAAAACUUAAUUUGAGUGAGACUGCUAUUGAGGAACUACCCUCAUCAAUCGAGUGUUUGACUGCCCUUACUUUGUUAGAUCUAAGAAACUGUGAAAAUCUCUACUAUCUUCCAAGCAACAUGAGUAGUUUGAAGUCUCUUGAAAAACUUGUUCUUUCUGGAUGUUUACAACUUGCAAACUUGCCAGAGAACAUUUGGGAAAUAAAUUGUUUGAAAGAACUUGAUUUGAGUCGAACUGGAUUAAGACAGCCAUUCGAGAGAAACUUUUCUACGUUGAGUUGGUUGUUUUCCCAAAAACAACUUAAUUUAAGUAGGUUCUCUGUACUUGAAGGAAUAAGGCUUAAUAUUGGUCUUGUCAGCUCAUCCUCCUUAAAAUAUUUAACAUUAAGUUGGACCAAAUUUGUCACACUGCCUGCAACUAUCAAUCAACUAUCGAAACUGGAAACUCUUGAUAUGCGCCAAUGUGAUCAACUUCGAGAAUUACCAGAGCUUCCAUCAACUGUGAGAUAUCUAAAUGCUAGAGGAUGUUAUUCCCUAGAAUCAUCACCAGCAAUACUCAAAACAAGCAGUUCGUUUCGACCUCGCUCCCUCUUGGGCAGGGCCGGCUCUAUGGGACUCCUUUGUCGAAAGACUGAAUAUGAAACUUAUACAAAAAGGAAAGAAGAUCGAUCCAGAACUGAAUUUCAGUUAAUUAUUCCUGGAUCUAAAAUUCCACAGUGGUUAACUCAUAGAAGUGUGGAGAAUUCAAUAAGCAUAGAGCUACCUCCAAAUUGGUGUAAUAGUAGAUGGAUGGGAUUCACGCUUUGUGCUUGUUUGUAUGCAUCAUAUAUGCCUACUACUGUUGAGGUGUUUGGCAAGACAUCUAGUCUUAGAGCUCGUGUGAUAGCCCUUGGUGAUAUGCCACACAGUCACUGUGUCUCUGAAAUUUUCUUUGGGAUGACAUUAGGUGUGGCCCACAUUUGUCUAUUGUAUUUAUCUCGUGAAGAUUGGUUUGCUACUGGUUGGAACGGUGAAUGCAGUCAAAUUGAGGUUGUGUUUGAAACCACUAACCCAUCCUUGGUUCCGCAGAAGUGUGGGGUCAGUUUGAUAUACGAGCAAGAUGUGGAAGAGUUCAACCAAUCAAUUGCACAAUGUAGAAAUGGCCGGGUCAUUACUUAUGAGGGUUCUGCUGGUAAUAAAUUCAAAAUUUCCUGA